AUGCAAUAUAUGAGAGUUGGAAGCUCCGGACUCAAAGUCUCCAAGAUCAUAAUUGGCUGUAUGACCUAUGGCGACAAAAACUGGCAACCCUGGGUCCUGGCACAAGAAGAGGCAUUCCCAAUUCUCAAGCAUGCAUAUGAUUCUGGUAUCAACACAUUCGAUGUCGCCGAUGUGUAUUCCAAUGGACGAUCAGAGGAGAUCCUUGGCGCCUUCUUGAAAGAGUAUAAUAUUCCACGGAACAAAGUUGUCAUCAUGACCAAAGUAUUCAAUUUUGUUGAUCCUGCGAGAGGAGCUGUUGAUGCCGCUGGUCAAGGAAUGAACGAUGGUGAUCAGGUGAAUCAAGUCGGACUGUCAAGAAAGCACAUCUUUGACGCUGUAGAUACCAGCAUUGCCCGCCUCGGUACUUAUGUUGACGUUCUCCAAACACACCGUCUUGACCGCGAAGUAUCCCUCGAGGAAACCAUGAAAGCCUUAAAUGACAUCGUGGAGAGUGGGAAAGCUAGAUACAUUGGUGGUAGCUCUAUGGCGGCCUGGAAGUUCCAGAUGGCGCAAAACAUAGCCGAAAAACACAACUGGCAUAAGUUCAUCUUAAUGCAAGGCUUCUACAAUCUGCUCUAUCGCGAAGAAGAGCGCGAGAUGAACGCAUAUUGCAGGGAAACCAAUAUCGACCUCUUUCCUUGGUCGCCACUCGCCGCUGGUGUGCUCGCCCACUCUUGGGAAGAUCGCACCGAUGAACGUGAAAAGAGUGAUGUUUUCUUGGAGUUAUUCUUCCGUAGCAAGCAUCUUGAAUCUGAUCAAGAAAUCGUGCGAAGAGUGGAAGAAUUGGUUGGUAAAAGGGGUGUUAGCAUGGUCAUCAUUGCAAUUGCUUGGAUUAUAUCAAAGGGAGGAAUGGCGCCUAUUUGUGGAUUAUACAACAAACAUGUGAAAGCUUUAAAUGUUCAACUUACCGAACAGGAAAGCAGAUAUUUGGAGGAGGCUUAUGUUCCAAAACCUGUUAUGGGCUACUGA